CAGAACAAGAUGCAGUAAUUGUAGGGUAGCAUAUUGAUCUAUGCUGACUUAAGGAUCAGGAAAGAGAAAGGUGACAGUUACUGGGUCUCCCGGUCAGUUGGGUACACAGUUUCAUUGACCGUCAAAAUUUAGACACCAACGUAGGGUGACUAUCACAAUGGAGACGAAAGAUUCCUCCGCAUUUACGAAGUCCGGAACGCCAGUCCACAGAAAGCGAACUUCGAUCAAGAAGAUUCUCGUUUACGGCAUUUGCUUCCUAUUGUUUGCUUAUUCGGUUAUAAUUGUGUACGUCUCUUUGAGGAUGAAUGUUCUAACUCUGCGACGACGGCUCUUAGAUGCUCAGCUUGCCCGUUCAAUGGUCUUCGAGGAUGCGUUACACGACUUUGAUUAUCUACCUCUUCGACACGUCAAGGACAACGUGUUCAUUUCCGAAAUCAACAUGACAGCGGAGGAGUACGACAAAAUUGAACAAAGUUUCUACAGAUACAUACGACACCAGCAGUAUGAAUGCCGUAACCAAACUCGUGCAGUAUCUCGCAGUAGCCUGGGUUGGGACAUUUGCCUCGACCCGCCUUUCAUCCUGGUCCCGGGGCAAUGCCUGGUCUACACGUUCAGGCAAUCGGGGUUUGUCCAGACUGGCUUUGAGCAAUACAUGACGAAAAAAUUUAAUUGCAAAGUGUUGGCAUUUGAUCCAAGGUAA